CACCUCUCUGGCUGUCCUUUAUUUCCUCUUUCCAUCCACUCACGCACCCGCGCCACCACAGCCCGAGAAGCGUUCAUGUCGAUGUUUAGAAAGGCUCAGCAAUCCGUCGCUCAUCAGAGCACCCUGCCUUCGGGCUUUGGGCUGGGCAACCGUGAUCUUAAAUCGCUGCAGGACGUCAUUAACACGGAGAAGGACUUUAUCAAGUCGAACACACGGUCAGGCCAGGACUUUCACAAGUCGGCCGAGGCAAUCAAGGCGUGGGCGGCGGCCGAGGGCGAGGAUCUGCAGGAUGUGCUAGGCAAGCUCUCGUUGCUCUUUGAGCACUACACCACGUCGCAGGUCCGCCUCAAUGCGCAUCUCGCCACAAUCAGGCAGCACUUUAAAUCCGUCCGGACCCGCGAGGAGGCACUGGCCGAUCUCAAGGCGCGGAAACGCUCGCUGGGCUCCAAGAUUGAGAGCGUCGAGAAGAAGCUGGCAAAGAUGGGGCCCGAGAACAAGGAGCUGAUGAAGACGACGUCGCUGCUCAAGGAGCUUAGGGGAGAGAUGGAGAGCCUCCGCGUCGAGCUUCUGCAGGAGGAGGCCGCCAUCGGCGACUUCAAGAGGAGGACCGCCAAGGAGGCGAUGGGCAUCAAGUGUGGCGGCCUGCUCGAAUUCGCCGAAAAGAUCACCGUUGUGGCAGAGAUUGGCAAGUUGCUCAUCGAAGAGAUCCCGCUCAACCAGACCCAGCCGGGCAUGCCGAGGGACGAGUACGAGGGAACGGCAAAGACGGAUCAGCUGAUGCAGGAGGCGACGAGAUGCAUUGCCGAUGUCGGAUUCGCGCCUGUCGGAGCCGGAGGAGCGGGCUUUGGCGGUGGCAGCCGCCACGACCUCAAUGGCGGUGCCGGAUAUGGUGGUGCCGGAGCUGGAAUGGUCGGCGACGACAGCAUUGACCCUAACGCCUCUCAGCUCGACACACCUUACGAGACGACCCAGACCAGCGCAUUUGGCGGAGAGGACGAUAAUGCUGUUCAGACGCCCAUCUAUGCCACUCAUGCUUCGCUCAACAAGCGCGGCACACUCGACGACGACGCGAAUGUCACCCACGAGUCGCACCAACAGGAGUCUUCCGCGGCUGACAUCCCAGAGGACUCCGCUGCGGAGGAGUGGCGCCAAUCAAGAAACUAUGCGACGACCAACGGCGAGGGCUAUGACAACUACCACAGCCGAACCGAGUCAUCACAGCACCCCAUUGCCGAUCGGUAUGCAUCGCCUACCUCUUCGGGCAUUCCACCGCCGCCUCAACUCCCCGACAUGCAGCCAUCGACCUCGCCCGACGAGAGACAGGUGGGCGGGACUGCGCCCUUGAAGCUUGUGGGUGGUGGGCCUUCGCAAGAAUCGCUGGACGGAGCGUACCAGGGCGAGCCUUCGCGCUACGCUGCCGCCCUUCCUCCUCGCAUCAUGACGCCUCCUCCCGUCGUGGGAACACCCUCUGCGGCAUCAGGUGCCGUCGCCAAUCAAGACGACCAAUCCUACUUCCACUCCAUUGGCUCCACCCGUGCGGCUCAAGAGGCGGCGCGAAGAUCGUACUCACCCGCCCCACCCACGGCAGCAUCGCAGAGCCUUGCGUCGCUUAGCCAGCCGCCUACAAGCGGGUACGAAGCGGCGCCCGAGGGGCGGAAAAUGACGGCUGCUGCUUUCAGAAAGGGCUUUGCACGGACACCUUCGGCUCAGCACAUGAGCUCUUCAAACAGCCACUCUUCGGCUGCGGACCACUACAUUGGCAAUGGCGCCGGCAUCGAUCGGCCUAACACGCCGGGCUCGGGCGCAGACCAUGCUGCUGCGACGCCACCGCUUGCCAUUCGCAAGAGGAUUUCCGUCGUUCCAGGUCAAGAACACUUGGGACCUUCUUCUAUCGAUGACUCCGCCGCGGCUCCCCCCUACCAGUACGAUGCGAAUCGACAAUCGGCCUAUGGCGGAUACGAGUAAUGUGGGGACCUCCUCCGUUCUUCCUUCAUGACUGCGAUGUUACCACUUCAUUCGAUAACCCUCUCUGUUUUCUCUUUUUGGUUCACUACUGUUCCAUCUGUCUACUCUUGCAACAAUCUGAUCUUGAGAAGGGCAGUCCCCUCUCGGUGCUUUUAUUCGCUGCGAGCUGAGGCGAAUGCAAAACAGCGAGCCCCUUCGCGACGCCAUAUCAAGGAGCAAAAAUGUCUUUUUCUCGAUGAAUGCCGCAUCGGACGUCUCAAAAAAAA